UUCCAACACUACUUGCACCACUGUUUAAUACUGUUUGUUGUUGCGAUUGAAAUUGUACAAUUAACGUGAAUUUAUGAGCAUAAAUAUAUCGUGUUAUUUCAAUCAAUUGGAAGAAAUAAAUAAUGGCAGACGAGGUGAAGCUUGGAAUUUCGUCCGUGGGUGAUUUAGAAGCAGAACUAACCACAGCCAAACAGUCGCUAGUGUCACUAAAUGAGAACAUUCGUCGCUUUGUUGGACGGGACAUAAGAACGGACAAAUAUAAAUACGAGGAUGACAACAAGAGAAGCGAGUUCAACAAUGAGAGACAGACACCAUCAACGCGAAAUGAGUUCUCCAAAAAUAAGCAACGCCGGUUAAAAAUUAACGAUGCAAAGUCACCAUUCGCCCGGCCCGCCAAUGAGGAGGUACAGACCCGUGGGCCAACGCCGCGGCUCAAUUCAAGAGUAAUUCGAGAAUUGCCAUCUAGAAAGGAGGUUGUUGAGGCUCAGGGAACAGAUUCCGAAUCAAGGGCACGAAACCGGCGUAUGUUUGGAUCACUGCUGGGCACAUUGCAGAAGUUUUGCCAGGAGGAGACGCGUUUAAAAACCAAAGAAGAUAAAAAGGCUGAGAUAGAAAGAAAACUCGAACAGCAACAACUGCAAGAGCGGGCAUUAUUAAAAAAAGAACGUGAAUCUUUAUUUUCGGAUAGGAAGCGCAAACAACUCGAGAUCAAACAGUUGGAGACCAAAAUGGCACGACUGAAAGACUUUAAGCUAUGGGAGACAGCAACGCUGCAGCAAAAGCAACAAAUUCGAACAAAAGCAAAGCCGCACAUAUUUUACCGGCCACAGAACCACAAUGAAAUUACCGAGAGGCUUCUUCAGAAGAGCAGCACCGAAAUAGACAGUCUUCUGCAAGGGCGACGUGAUGAGUUCAAUGCUGAGCUCAGGGACUUGGAACGAUCGCAAUACACGGACGAUGAGAAUGCCAUGGAUGAGAGCAAUGCUGAUUUCGAAGAAUUCGAGACGGAAAGUGGCAGUAAACAAAAAUGCGACAAGAAUGCAAAAGAAAAUAAGAUUAAAGCGUCAAGGGAUGAUAAUCCAUUAAGCAUGGUAGCUAAAAAAUAGAAUCUUUAAUUUCGAGAUUAAUUUGGAUAAUCUAAGGAUUUUCAUUGUACUAAAAAUAUACUACAAAAUAUAUUAUUUUAAAAAAUAUAAA